GGUCAAUGACGUCACGUCUGCGUUCGCCAUCUUGUGCUUUGCGAUAUUGAUGACAAAAGACGGUAUGUCGAGUUUAAAUGGACGGCAAAUAUUGACAGAUGUGCACUUCUUGGUGCAACCAAUAGUAGACCACCCCCACCAACCUUGGAGACUGAGAACUCCCCACCACCUAAUGAGGCAGAACAACACUCCUCACCCACUAAUGCAAAGGUUCCACAUUCCUCUCCAUUAAGUGCUCUACUGAUGCUAGAAAUCACUCCACUCAAUCAUUGGAUGAUUUAGUGUCUAAUGUGGAGGAUGAAAACCAAUCUGAGCCAUCUUUAUGAGUAAACAUCAUGAAAAUAUGGAAGCAGAGAUCAACUCAAACCAGAAUAAUGAAGAAGGGAACAAAUUGCCAAGAAAUCUAGGAGCAGACAAUGAAUCACAACAUACAAUUCAAAACGAGAACACAGCUGCUGUGAAAACUGAAAACAAAUCCACUUGUAGUGUGGUAGAAGAGAACAAUUUUCCUUCCAUUGUUGAAAACAGGAAUGAAAACUUUCCUCAUGAAGAAAUAAAAAAGAAUUCCCAUCCAAGCAUUGAGGCAAGGACUAAUUUCUAUCCUGCUUUUGAAACAAAAAUGAAUUCUCCUUAUAAUUUAAAAGACAAUCCCUGUCCUGAUGUGGAAGUGGAGAAAGUCUUCCCACCGAUAGUGGCAGAUCAGCUAUCAACAUGCACUGCAAAGAAAAUGAACUCUUCACACACCUCUUCAGAGACAGAAGAGCAAUCCUCAGACAAUGUGGAGACUGGAAAUCAACCCCAGCCUGUAACCAAGGAAGCUGGAAACCAACAACAGUCUGUAGCCAAGGAAGCUGGAAACCAACCAGAGUCUUUAACCAAGGAAGCAGGGAACCAACCACAGUCUUUCUCCAAGGAGGCUGGAAACCAACCACAGUCUUCAUCUAAAGAGGCUGGAAAUCAAUCACAACUUUCAUCCAAGAAAGCUGAAACCCAUCCCCAGUUAGUAUCUAAUGAAGUUGGAAACCAACCGCAGUCUUCAUCUAAUGAAGCCAAAAUUUCACCCACUACAGGGCAUGCAAAUAACCCCUCACUACCUUGUGUGGAAAUAUUAGGCCAGCCUCCUACUACUGGUCAGGCAGGAGACAAUAUCCAAUCCACAGCUGAAAACAUCAAGAGGCCAGCUGAUACCGAGGCUGGGGCUGCAAUAAAUAAGUCUUCCAUGUAUAAAACGAAAACAGAUCAAUCAGAAUCAAUAAAACAUAUGCCAGAAAAUUUUGUUAACCAAAUGGUUAACAUAAAAAAUGAAAACUCCUCAAGCACAGAAAAGAUAGAGGUUAUGUCAGAAAAUUGUGUGAACCAAAAGGUCAACAACAACAAAGACAAAUCUUCAAGAACAGAGACAAAUAUUGAGGCUAUGUCAGAAAGGUGUGUGAACCAAAACGUUGACAUUAAGAACAAAAAAUCUGAAAUCAUUGGAGAUGAUUUAAAAACUGUAUCAACGACUGUACAGCCUUCCUCAGAGCAAGUGGAUGCGGAUCACGCAGACUCCAUAGUGGUCAAUAGAAGGAUGUCAUUAGAGGAGCUAGACAAAGGGUACAAGGACUUGGGACUUCAGAGAUGUCCACAUUGCAAACUGACCACAGAUGACAUCCAAAUGUUCAAGAACCACGUCGUGACAUGUUCAGGGUUCAAGCGCACCCUAGAUGCUAACAAGGUGAGUUUCUCCUACCUUGGGGACCGAUUCUCCUGUGACACCUGCUGUCUGUCCUGGACAAGCAAAGGAGAGUUUGAGGAGCACCUGGUGUGUCACAUCCUGGACUCUCCUUACAUCUGUCUCACCUGCAAGCAAUCCUUCAACAGCAGGGACCGCAUCGAGCAGCACAUCAACACCAGCCACGCCUUGGGGGAGGCCAGGUGUGGUUUGAAAGGGAUCAGGAAGGGCAGGCAACACGUGGAGGAUUUGAUGGUCAAGAAGAAGCUAAUUGUGACUGGGAAAGUGAAUAUUCUUAAGACUCCACAGACGCCUGUUGCUCCAGUUGCAGUCUUAACCAGUACACCCACAAGUGGAACAGCUUCUGUUACUUCAACUUUUACUAUGUUAACAAGUGCAUCAACAAUUAAAACUCUAUCUACUGGAACUGCUUCUGUUUCUACAAUUGAAAUUACAAGUUCAUCGACAAUUAAACCUGUUACUACAACUGCAAUGGCAAGUUCAUCUACAAUUAAACCUGUUACUUCAACUGCAUUAUCAAGUGCAUCAACAAUUAAACCUUUAUCCACUGGAACUGCUUCUGUUUCUACUAUUGCAUUUACGAGUUCAUCAACUAUUAAACCUGUUACUACAACUGCAUCGACGAGUUCAUCAACAAUUAAACCUUUAUCGUCUGGAACUGCUUCUGUUUCUACAAUUGCAUUAACAAGUUCAUCGACAAUAAAACCUGUUACUACAACUGCAUUGCAGAGUUCAUCAACUAUUAAACCUGUUACUACAACUGCAUUAAUAAGUUCAUCGACAAUUCAACCUUCAACUACUGGAACACCUUCUGUUUCUACAAUUGCAGUAUUAAGUUUGGCACCAAGUGGACCUCCGCCCCCUUAUUUUUCAGCUCACAGUGUUGUGCCAGGCCUUGUUAAAAAUGUUACCAGUGCUGUAAAUGAGAGACCUGCAGAGAGGAAGUUGUUGCCAUCAUCCAAUCCUUAUUCUGCAUUCCAGUUGACCCCACGAACCAUAGCAAAGACUGCUCCACAUGUGCCAAGUACCAACAAUGCCUUGCUGUCCGCAACCUCAAAUAUUUCUGGUACUCCAUCAGUAACCAGUAGUUCUCUCAAAGGCAAGGAAGGCAAUCAGAGUUACAUGUUUGGUGUAAUGAAUCCAAAAACCAAAGAAAUUGAGCCUACAUAUGUCUCAAAGAAGAUUUUCAACGUCUUGAACACAGCUAACGUUCACAAUGUUCCUCUGAACCCAAAACCAGAAGUGCAGUACAGUGUAAAACAUAUCACUGAAUACACUUGCACCCAGCAGUUCAUUACCCCAGUGUCAUCCAUACAGAGUGUGGCCCCUAUGGGUUCCACUCAGCAACCCAUGUUCCUGGUAUUUCCAAGCACAGUUACCGGAACUCAUGUUGGAGGCAUUCCAGUGACAAAUCCUGUUGUAAAUUCAACACCGCCCAUUAUUUUUCUUCCCCCUCCGACAAGUGUAACAACAACUAGUAAGCCAAUGCCCAAUCUAAAUCAGCCACAUUUUGUUAUUCAAUCUCCCAUAAGUGUAACAACAACAAGUAAGCCAGUGCCCAAUACAAAUCCGACACAGUUUGUUAUUCAAUCUCCCACAAGCGUAACAACAACAAUAAGGCCGAUGCCCAACCAAAAUCUGCCACAGUUUGUAUCCCUGCUAAACAGCGCAACGUUAAGCACUGUUGCAUUUACGGCUAACCCAGUGGUGAUUCCAGAGUCACAGGCAAGUCUCAUAAAGUCAGUCUUCUCAGUCUCUAGUUUAAACAGACAAUCAGGUGGAACAGCCAAUGACAAACCUGAUCAGCAUCUUAGUGCAGGUGUGUCAAUGCCAAAUCCUAGACCUGACAUAGUUAAAGCUUCAAAUGUACCAAGAAGUGACCUCAAUCCAAGACCUGACAUACUGACAUCUCCAAAUGCACCAAGAAAAUUACCUAUUCCAGUUUACAAAAAAAUGCUGUUUAAGCUUAAAGCUGGUCAGGGUUUUGUCUGUGAACCCUGUAAGAAAUUCACUAAGGAAGAAUACACCUUUAGGAAACAUUUAUGGGUGCAUUUUCAUGGAGUUUCGAAAGCUUGCGGAACCUGUACUCCUGAAAUGAUCAGAGAUCAUGUGAUUCUUAAAUGCAAAUUGAUAAAUGAAAUUGUGUGUAAUCUUAUAAAGACCUCCUUAGUAGAUUCUAAAAGUGGUUUGGAUGUUCCAGUGAAAGCUGUGACUCAAGAGGGUGAAGUUAUUGAAAUUAUCGAUGAUGAGCCAGAGACGUCUUCAGCCAGUCCUAAAGACAAGCCUACAGAAAUAAUUGUGUUGGAUGAUGACAUUGAUAAGGGAGAAGACUGUGAGGCAAUUAUAAUAGGUGAAACAUGCAGUGUUGUUCAAGCAAAUAAUGAUGGCAAGUUUCCUCAACCUGAACAAGACAAUGGCACAAAGGAUCAAGCCUUGUUACCCAACACUGCUGUCAAUCCAAGCCCUGUUAAAUCAGAUGAUCAUAUUGGAGUAGAAAAGGUAGGGGAUUCAGAUGCAAAUACUCAACCUGAGAAACAUGUGCAGUGUGUGUCAAAGGAUUCAAAGGGAGAAAACAAGGAUGAUGACAAGAAUGUUGAUAGGGACUUACUUAACAAGUCUUUGACUUACUCAAGUGAGGCUGAAACAGAAUCAGCAGUUGCUGAAGUCAUUGACUCCAAUCUGAAGACAUAUGAUCCCAGACAGACUGCAGACGAAUUAGGUAAAAUAUUAGAGGAUGCCAUAAUUCCUGCUCCUACUGAAUGUGUGGCAGUGAAAGAAGGCUUUAAACUUACUCCUGCGUCAAAAACAAAUGCAAAUACAGGGAAAAUUAAAGAAUUUGAUGAAAAUUUAAUUUCAGCAAAUGGUCACAAUGCUUUCUAUGUUUGCGGUUAUGAAAACUGUGCGUUUGUGACCCUUUCGUCAAAUUCCUACAGGUCGCAUUUGAAAACAAAAGAGCAUGAGCAUGAGUAUAGCUAUGUCUGCGGCCACUGUGGGUAUAAGGAUUAUGUUGAGGACAGCCAUGUGCGACACAUGUUUUCACACACCAGCAGUAAGCUGUUUUUUCUAUACCAGUGCCCGCUGCGCCUAUGCAAGUUCAAGACCAACUUACUUCAUUUCUAUGUGGAACAUUUACAACUUCAUAAUAGCAGUGAAAUGGCUAUCAAGUGCUCGUACUGCAAUAAGGCAUUUCCUACUAUUGAAAGUCUUGUAGAUCAUUUGAAACAGAAUGUUCUGAAGUUUGUGUCAUGCCCUUAUUGUUCCUUUAAGUUUGCUGACAAGAAAGUGAUACUGGAACAUAUAAAACUGUGUCAUCCUGACAAAAUGAGGAUGGUAACUGUGACUGGACAGGUGGUUUGUUGUGAACGGGAUAUAAACUUCUACGUUGUUCCAAAGUCAAAGAAAGCCUCCGCCCAAGAUGGUGGAAAUGUAGAUAAAACAGCAUCUGAGCCCUCAAACAUAGAUAUACCAGCUUUGUUAGAUAAAGUCCAGAACUCUGACACCACCAAUGAACCAGAAAGGAUGGAAACACAUGAACAAGAGUCUGGAAAUGAAGAUGUGUCUGACGAAAUAAGUUUACCUGAGGCAGAUCAGCCUCUUAUGAAAGAAAGGCAAAAGAAUGCAGAGAGUUUGGCAGCUAAGAAUGUGGAAGAUAACACAAAAUCAUGUUCUCAGAGUGUGGCAUGUAAGAAUGUGCAAGAUAAGGCAAAUUCAAAUUCAAAUGUCUUGAAAGCUAUUCAUGAUUCUACAGGUCCAAAAUGUUUGCUGUGCCGUCACCCAGGAUGUGAAUACCUGAGUUACAAUCAGCAUAGACAUUCCCAACAUUUGUCAGUUCAUGAGAUGGAACCAGAACGGCAUAGACGCUUCUUAUGCAAUCGUUGCCCAAAGGGCUUUGACAAGCUGGAAAAAUGGAAACAACAUUCAGCGAACCAUGUAGGUAACCAUGAGAUCAAUGUCUACUGUUGUGUGCAGUGUUCCUUCCAGUCAAACAUGAAGAGUCACAUUAAUGACCACUGUAAGGACGCCCACUCUCCAGCCAGUAUGUACUCACUGAAGGUGGAAGUGGUGGAGUGUAAAGCCUUCACGUGCAAGUUCUGUAAGUUCAUGUCCAGAAUACAGGAACAGUUGGUGCAGCAUGAGAACGCUGUACAUAAAGUGAAGCCGAGUGAGUUGUCAACUUCAGAAGAGAAAGAUGGGCAGUCAGUGGAUGAAAGGUGUUCAUCUAGCAGUACAGUGCAAAAGGGUAGCACUAAAAAGCAAAAGUACCAUUGCCAUUAUUGUGUACCUAUCACGUAUUUCAAACACAAAGCAUAUCUCAAGGAACACAUAGUGAAUGGGCAUGGUGACAUUUCCAAUAAGCAAUUCAUAUCCUAUAAAUGUAAGCACUGUGUGUUCACGGCAACAAUGAAGGAAAUUAUUAUUGCGCACAUUAACAAGGAUCAUACAGGAAUGCCUGUACGGGUAUUGAGAAAAAUGGAAUUUAUUGAUCAACCAGCAGAUUUGGGUGAAGAAAAGCAAUCAAGUACCCCAAAAGAAGAAAAUAAGCUGCUUGCAAUUGCUACAGUAAAUGAAAAGACUGAAAAAGAGAAACAGGAUAAACAUCUUAUAGAAAUUGUUAUUCCUGAUGGGAAUGUAUUUAAGGACCCAUUUGUGUGUCCGGUGUGUCAUUUUACAUCAAAUUUAAGAAUAAAUGCCAUGAAACAUUUGAAGGAGCAUCCAGAGUUGAAACCUGUGAGACCCACUCAGACUCCAAGCAAGAAGACUGCAAGAAAGUCAUCGACUUUGGUGGUGAACCUUGGAGGAGUGACAACACCAAGCAAGAAAUACACGAGUGCCUUGCACCAAGAGAUUCCUGGCAGUGCAUCACUUGUAAACCCUUUCACAAAGGUCAAGGAAGCUGUCACAAAGGUCAAGGAAGCAGCAGCACAACAUGAAUUUGAGAUGUGCAGCCCCUCAAAGGAUUAUUAUAUUCUGGGUGAAAGCCGUUUGCAUUCAGCACUGUCGGCUUGUUUUGUACCAGUGGAGCAAGAGUUAAGGUUCAAAUGCAGAAUUUGCCAGCAAAAAAUCGCCAAGAAGUUUGUUCUGCAUAGACAUAUCUUGGACCACUUGAACAUUGUGUUCUUUAAGUGUAGGUAUUGCAGUGAAGGUGCUAUUGAAAGGACUUUACUGGUGGGCCACAUACAGAAGGAGCACAACUUGGAGCCCUUGAUUUACACCACAGUAAGCAGACAGGAGUUGGAGGUGCAAUUCAAGGACAGAAUCUUCAGUCAGAAUUUCUCUGAUGAUCUUGGGGUCACAGCCAGUGAAGCACAACAAUCCACCAGACCAACUGACCAUGGACUGAAAACUGAACCAGUGCGUGAGGUUACACACAAGCUUGACUUACAUAACAAAGGUCCAGCUUCAGAAAAGAAAGAAAAUAAAGCAGCCAAUUUUGGCACUGUUAGAAAGUGUCCGUUGUGUCGCUACGCGACUAGGGGUCUGACGGUGUUGACAAAUCACAUCGCUGCUCACAAUGAUCCCCUCAAACGUUUUCUGUGCAGUGAAUGCGACUACAGAGCUGACCGGUACAGUGUGAUCAAGCAUGUGUAUCGUGUUUGCCACCCAAAUCCGGCUAAAGUGAUUGAAGUUGAUGAAGCAAAACUAAGUGCAUGCAUCAGCAAUGCAACAAAAGCUGAGGACCUAGGAGAAAGUGGAGUAAAGCCUACAGUAGUAGAAACCAAACUCUCUUCUAGCAGUGAAUUAGAAAGAAAGAGAUCGUCAGAGGACAAGUCAAGAGGGGAAAAGUUGGGAGCCUCCAGUGUUGAGUCAAAUACUUCUAGCCAUACUUUUGUGCUGAAUUCAUCAGGCCAGCAGACCCCACUUGAAUCCUUCACAGUUUCAAAGUCCGGUGUUUAUGAGAUAAAAACAAUGUACAAAUGCAAAAUCUGCGGGUCAAAGAAGGAGACCCUGUCUGCGAUGUAUAGUCAUUUUAAAUCACCUAAUUCACCUAAAUGUAACGGACCAUAUUACCAGUGCUCUAAAUGUUCCUUUGAAAGUUCAACCAAGGUGGCCAUUAGAAAACAUGGUCAGAAGAGGCAUCCAAAGAUCAGAGUAACAUGUCGUAAAUUACCCAUCAAAGGCAAAAUGAAACUUCUCAAGGUGCCAAUUAAGCAAGAUAACCCUGUGGCCAAUCUCUUGAGAAAGCAGAUGAAAAAUGAAAGCAAAUUCUUGCCUGAUGUUUAUAAAGAUGAUUAUGAUGAGUCCCCACAACAGGUAAACGUGCAUUCUAGUGUGAUCAAAUGCUGCCUGUGUCUGGCAUACCACUGCCCUAACCUGAGCAAGCUCCAGUAUCACAUGAACACUGUACACCAGGGUGACAUGCUUCACUGCACUGCGUGUGCCUACAAGACCAGGCUAGUCAAGAACAUGUUCAACCAUUGCAAGACCGUACACAUGCAGGACCGUGUAUUGUAUUCUAGCAAGAAUGCAGACCUGACCACAGAAGUGACAUCUUUCAAAAGUAGCAGAGAAUGGAAGUCACCCAAAAGUAGCACAGAAUUGAAGUCUCCCAUAAGAAGCACAGAACGUAAGUCUCCCAAAAGUAAGGGGACUCCCAGUAGUGCUUCCAGCAAUAAUUCCCCCAAUGCAGGAUGUGUGAAAUGCCCCAAAUGUGAUGUUACAUUUGCCAGGGUGCAUUCGUUGAAAUCUCAUCUAUUUACACACUUUAAGUACUUUCCACACACUUGCUGUUACUGCCGACAAAGAUUUGUCAGGAAGGGAUAUCUCAAAAAACAUUCAUUACGUCUGCAUCCUCAUAAAGAACCUAAAAACAAAUAUAUUGGAAAUCAGGAAAUUGAACAGAAAGUAGAAAAAAUCCUUCAAUCGCUGAGAGGCAAGCCACGUAUUUUAGGGCAAAAUGCAAUGAAAGUUGAACAGGAAAGUGCUACACACCCAGGUUCAGCUAGUGGUAGCCGUUUUGAUUCUGCAAAUCAUAAGCCUAGUUGUGAGAAGACUGAUCGUAAACGGCCGCUGGAAGUGGAUUCUGACACUGAGAGUCCUCCCAGGAAACAGAAAUUCAGGCCACAAGCGCAGGAGGACAAAGAUGUGAAGCCCCCUGUGCCAUACAAGUAUGAAAUUGUGAAGGACAAAGUGCUGGGUAACCUGUACAAGUGCCUGCUGUGCGAGGAACUAAUACCCUCCGAGAGGUCAUUGCACCAACAUUACACACAGGUGCACGGCAUAACCAGAUACAAGUGCUGCUACUGCAAAUAUCUCUCACAAAUGAGCGGCAAUGUAUUCAGACAUAUAACCGUGCAUCAUCGAGGCAUGGAGGCUAAGCUGUAUGAUAUGCAGACCAAGACUGUAAGGCUCAAGGAAGAAAUGUCCCGCCGCUUCACCACUAAGACAUCUGAGGCAUCUGGCAGUCCUUCUCGAAGCCAUGUCUCCCAGGGUUCGACCCACAGUCUGGCUAACCCCUCUAGUCAGGAACGCUCUAUCUCAGGCUCAGUUGAUGUGUCGGCCAUCAAGAUGCCACAGCAGUCAGUCAACCAGCGGCUUCAGUUCUGUUGCCCCCUUUGUACGGUGAAGGAAGGGUCCCUGUACAUGUUCCGCCUACACCUUGCAUGCCACCCCCAGUUCCUCAAGACCAGCAAAGGCACCGACAGGCUGGCAAGUUCAUCCUGCACCUACUGUCCUUAUGUGGCAACAGACAAGGACAGUUUGUCCACCCACAUGGCUGCACAUUCUAGGGACUUCGAGCUGAGGUGCCGGUAUUGUCCCUAUGACGCCCAUCAAACUAGUAGCAUCGUCUCUCAUUGUCAUCUCAUGCAUUCUUCUUAUCAGCCAAACUGGUUUAACAAGCAGAAAAGGGAAGAUAAGAAUGGGCCAGCCAAGCUUGUAAGCUUUUGUCCCCCCAUUUGUCUUAAAAGAGUGAAAGUUAAUCCACAGCCUGUGCAGAAACGUUUUAAAAGGAUCAGAAUUGAAGAGGAUAGUGACAGUGAAACAGAGGAUCUGAAUUUACUUACAAGGCUUGAAAUGGAAAAAAAUAAAGGUAACCAUGAUGGUCGUCUUCACAGUGCUGUUCUUCAUGAAGGCAAGACAGUUGACAGCAAGGAAGGCUUGGCUGAGGGUAAAACAAAUGUAGGAACAGCAGUUGAGGUCAAUGGAGAUGAACCAAUGUUAGAUGUUCCACAGAUGAUUGGAUCAGAAACAAGUUGUGAUAGAAGAAGAGAUACUAUUCUGGAAAAAAGUGAAAGUAAUGUAAACAAUGCCUCUAGUAAAACACAGACUUCAGGCAGCGAGACUCAUAAACCAACAGUUGAUAAAGACAAGAAUAAAACUGGUAGUCAUGGUGAUAUAGCUUUGACUGCUGGGACUGAUGACUCUCAUGGUCAUGUGACUGCAGAUGAAUCUGCCGCUGCCAUUAUGACACUUUCUUUAGAAAAUACCUCCAGAACUUCAGGGGCUAUUAGACAACCGCAGCAGGACCACAGUAGUUUUGUGAAGAACGCAGGCAGUGGGUCUGGUGUGGAGACAGUAAGACAGUCUUCAGUGAGCUCUGAAAUUAGUGAGGCUGAGGUGCAGGAUUCACAGGGUUUAAGUGUAGGAGACCUGGAUAUAGACAGAGAGCUGCAAGACAUAGAACGAGUCCUGGAGUAUGCAAGGUCAGCCACUGUCCAGUCUCCCGAGCCGCAAACAUCACAUGAAUAAGGGGGGAACCAGUCAUCAAAGGAAUGGGAACCAGUCAUCACAGGAAUAAGAGGGAAAACCAGUCAUCCAAUGAAUGAAGGAAAAGGCAGAGUGAAGUGGUGGGACCAGUCA